CCAUCCUUACGUUCUUACGUUAUUCGCCCGAAAAGAUCUGUCAAAACUGUUUUGUUUACUUUGUGUGUAUAAAAGUUCAAAAAUACAAUAUUUUAAUAGAAUUAUUUAAAAAUGUAUCUAGCAAUAGCAUUUCUUGCAAGUGAACGUUCGAACGAAGACGAAUUGCGGAUUCAGAGGCGGAGGCUUCGAGACAGUACAAAUGUAUUGGAAUUGCCAGACGCCGAGUUUGUUAAAAACUUUCGAGUCAGCAAAGAAGUAUUUGGACACAUUUUUAGCGAAGUGGGCAUCCAUAUGAAAGACACCUACCGUAAUACUCACUUGCCAUCACAACUGAAACUGUCCACAUUUCUACGCUUUCUUGCAACUGGAAGCUAUCAAAAGUCGGUGGGUAACGAAAGUCUCUCAGUAAUGGGUCAGUCGACAGUUGCAAAAGUAAUAGCGGAAUGCUUGAACAUUUUUGAGGAGCAUUUUUGCCACAAAUGGGUAAGCAUGUGCAGGACCGAGGAAAAANCUCUGAUUUCUGAAAUUAUUGUUGUAGUAUGA